AAAGAUUCAUACUGCUAUGAACCGGAACUAGCUAAGCUGCAGGAAGUGAACUCUUCUUUCUUUUCCCUCGAGUUCUCUAAUGAAGCAGUUGUUUUCAUAAAGUAUUCCACAAGAAAUUAAAUUACAUUAAAAAAGAUCUACAGAGGACCGUCGAGAUGUUGAUGCCAAAAAAAAAUCGUGUGGCUAUAUACGAGUACCUUUUUAAAGAAGGUGUAAUGGUAGCAAAAAAAGACUACCAUGCUCCAAAGCAUCCAGAGUUAGAAACAAUUCCAAAUUUAGAAGUCAUUAAAGCGAUGCAGUCCCUCAAAUCUAGAGGUUAUGUCAAAGAGCAAUUUGCUUGGCGACAUUUUUAUUGGUAUUUAACCAACGAGGGAAUUGAAUAUUUACGUGGAUUCUUGCAUCUACCACCGGAAAUUGUUCCAUCUACGCUUAAAAGACAAGUUAGGUCUGAAACUUCAAGACCUAGGCCAGCUGCAGGUCCAAGAAGCGAGGCUUCAAGACCGACAGAAGACCGUGCUGGUUAUAGACGAGGACCAGGAGGUCUUACUGGACCUGGCGAUAAGAAAGCCGAUGUUGGUGCAGGUACAGGUGAUUUGGAAUUCCGUGGUGGCUUUGGACGUGGAAAAGCUCCAUAAACAAUUUUUGAGAAAUAAAAUGAUCUAAAUCAGA